GAUGUUGCAGUCACGCCUCUCCAACUUGCGCGGCAGGGAUCCUGUCACCGGCCGACGAGCACGACUUCUGGCUCGGGAGAGCGGAGGCUCCGGACUGCUCCGAGGCGGAGCGGAAGCGGUGCGAGGCGUUUGCAUCGCUGCUCGCCCCGCUCCGGCAGCUCUUCUCGGGCCUGUCUGGCGUGUCCCUCCCGGACUGCACGGACCUCCUGGAGUCCGCCUUCGGACUGCUCGAAGACCUCUGGAAGCAGGAGCUGGCUUCUCCGCCCUACCCGCAGCCCCGGAUGGUCGGGCUCCUCGACUCCAUUGGCAACAGCACCCUGAUGCAGCUGCAGUCCCUGCUGAGCGAGACCGACCUGUGGGGAGGCAAGUUCACCGACGUGGCGGAGCAGCUGAGGCUGGCCGCAGAGGUGUGCCUGCGUUGGCAGGACGUCUGCCAGAAGCUCACCUCGCUCUUCUGGCCCCACUUCGGGCCCCACCCCUGGAAGGGGCCCCCCUUUGUCCCCACCUACCUGCUGGGCUUCACCAACCGCCUGCAGCAGAUCCUCUGUGUGCGCACCGUGCACCAGCAGUUGCUGAAGCUGCUCUUCCCCGACGUGAGCAUGGAGGCCGUGUUCGAGCCCUUCUCCGGCCUGCACUGCCUCCAGUACAACCCCUACACGGACCCCCUGUGGAAGUCCGCGCUCGCUCAGCACGAGACGCGGUUGGCCGUCUUCGAGCAGCGGGCUGCCGAAAGGCUGCGCCAGACGCUCACUGCAACGCAGCGCAAUGCCCUUGGCCUUUUGCAAGAGUUGAAAAGAUACAGCGAGGUCCUGAAACGUCCCAACAUAAGAGCUCAGCUAACAUCCGAAAGAAAGGUUCUUCUGGGCAAGCUGUCCGAGUACGUGGAGGACAUCAAGCGUCGGUCCAAGCACGGCACGGGGUCCGAGGUCAUCAACGUUCCGGAGGUCGUCAAGAACAUCAUUGAUCUGCGACACCUCCAGGCAAAGCUGACGGACGUGGUGGAAGUGACAGAGAUGCUCCUGGAGGACGUUGAGGGCUGCGAGGAUCUUCUCCGCACGGCCCGGGAGAUGCUGGGGGAAUUCAAGGACCAGCUGACCGAGCUCUUCGAUAGCUGGAGCAGGGAGGUGCAGGCACUCGGCAGGGACAAGGCUCUCAGCCUGGACGCGAACCAGGCGGCGAUGGAGCUGGACAGCAGGGGCCACCCCGUGGUCAACUACAGCCCGAGACUGGUGUCGCUGAUUCGGGAGGUGCGCCAGCUUCGGGCCCUGGGCUACGCCAUCCCCGCCAAGAUCCAGGCCCUCUGUGCCGACGCUCGCAAGUACUACCGGCAGGCCAAGGACCUGCAGCAGAUUGCCCACUUCUACAGCACGGUGGCGGACCACAUGGUGCUGAGUCAGCAGCCGCUGAUGCUGGCGUCUGCCCAGCACUUCACACGCCUCAUCGGCGAUCGGGGCCGCAUCUCCUGGAACGACCCGGAGUCGCUGGACGCCCACAUCGCCCAGCUGAGGGGCGUCGUCGAGAAGCUGUCGCGGGAGAACCGCAUGCUGCGCCGGCACCACUUUGACAUCUGCGCCAAGGUGCUGACCCUGUUCAACAUGGACCUCUUGACGAAGCAACAGGGUUGGAAGGACGCCCUCACCGACAUCAGGUCCGUCAUGGUGAAGCUCAGGGACCAGGGCUUUUCGUCGGAGAACAUGCGUCCCUGGUGCGCCCACUGGGACCGCCAGUUGUACAAGGCUCUCGAGUGCCAGUACCUGCUCUGCCUGGAGACGCUGAUUCACCACAUGCCCGAGAUCAGGGUGGACCUCACUUACCGGAGCGGCCGUCUUCAGCUGCGUCCCCCGAUGGAGGAGGUCCGUGCCAGGUACUACCAGCAGGUGAAGAAGUUCCUGUCCCUGCCGGUGCAGUUCAGGGGAGUCAGCGACGACCCCUCCCACAAGGGACUCAUCUUCUCGGUGAUCGCCGACCGCAACUCCCACCACUUCCUGGGAGUCUAUCGGCGCGCCGAGGAGCUUUUUGCGCGCGUCGAAAGCGCUUCCGACAAGUUCGAGCUUCGAUAG